GCCGCCGCCGCCUCCUCCUCCGCCGCUGCCUCCUCCUCCUCCGCCGCCGCCGCCGCCGCCGCCACCGCCGCCGCCUCCGGCUGCUCUGCGGGAUCAUGGAGUGCUUCCGCCUCUCCGGGGCUCCGGGCUUGGUACUCGCUCUGUGCUACCUGGUUCUGGGAUCUUUCUCAUCUUCCGCAUUGGAAAUUAAUCAGACUAAUUCGGAAGGCACGUGCCUUUACGCAAAAUGGCAGAUGAAUUUUACAGUAACAUAUGAGACCACAAGCAAAAGUCUUAGAAAUGUAAGCAUUUCCGACCUUCAGUCUGUAGUCUACGACGGAAGCACUUGUGGAGAUGGAGAUGACCAGAUCCAUUCCCGAAUUGAGGUGCACUAUGGAUCUGGUUUUAUCUGGAUGGUAAAUUUUACAAAGGACCUGUCGACGUCAACCUAUUCCAUUGACAACAUCUCAUUUUUGUACAACACAACCGAUAACUCUACGUUUCCUGAUGCUGAAGAUAAAGGAAUGCUGACCGUUCAGUUUAACCCCAGGACAUCCAGGAUUCCACUGAAUGACAUCUUUAGAUGCAACAGUUUAAUAGUUAUGGAAAAAGAAAAUGUUACCCAAACCUUUUGGGAUGUGCAUGUACAAGCUUUUGUCCCAAAUGGCACAGUGAGCACAGAAGAGUUUCUGUGUGCUAAAGAUAAGACCGCCACCACAGUGGUGCCCAUCGUCUCUACCACCACCCCGCCUGCGCCUACCACCCCCACCCCCACCCCCACCCCCAAGGAAAAUCCAGAGGUGGGAAACUAUAAGGUGGUUAAUGGCAAUGACACCUGCCUUAUGGCUACGAUGGGGUUGCAGCUGAACAUCACUCUUGAUAAGGGUCCUGUGCUUAUUAAUGUGAACCCCAAUGUAACGGAGCCAUCUGGGAGCUGCCAACCUCAGACUGCUCUACUGAGACUGAACAGCAGCAGCAUUAAAUUUCUUGACUUUGUCUUUGCUGUGAAAAACAAAAACCGAUUCUAUCUGAAGGAAGUGAAUAUCAGCAUGAAUCUGGCUAAUGGCUCUGUUUUUAGCAUGGCGAAUAACAAUCUUAGCUACUGGGAUGCGCCCUUGGGAAGUUCCUAUAUGUGCAACCAAGAGCAGACUGUUCCCAUAUCUGGAACAUUUCAGAUAAAUACCUUUGGUCUGAGGGUUCAGCCUUUCAAUGUGAUGGAAGGAAAGUAUUCUACAGCCCAAGAGUGUUCGCUGGAUGAUGACACCAUUCUUAUUCCAGUUAUAGUUGGUGCUGGUCUUUCAGGCUUGAUUAUCGUUAUAGUGAUUGCUUACCUAAUUGGCAGAAGAAAGAAUUAUGCUGGAUAUCAAACCCUGUAACAUUAAUCCACACGUGAUCUCUGUUAAAAACAAUAAAGCAAGUACAAGUUCCAACAUGCAAUACUGUUCCACUUAAGGUAUAUUUAGGUAUAAUCAACUUAAGGUAUAUUUAGCAUAUAUGAUCUUAAGCUGGGUGGUUAUGGGGACUUUAGAAAUUACACAAAUGCCCCACAGCAAUAAACAAAUUCAUCAACAGAUUUUAGUUUACCUCACUAAAGGUAUUUAAAACUAUUCCUUCAGCAAAAGGCAUGUGCAAAAUCUUCAAGUGAUAGAUUAGAGAAUCUAUUUUAUUCUCUCCAAUUAUUAUUUUAGUAUUUUCACUUUAGAUAUUCUGAUCAGAAAUCAGGUUAGGAAAAGCAAUUUAAAACAGAGAUCUUUUUUUUCCUGCAUGUUGUUGAAUUGUGACCACACAUUCUACAGUGGAUUUGUACUUGCUCCUUUUGCAUUUUUGGGGUGAUUUUGUUUGCAGGUGAAACUGGCUGCUUUGGCAUUGUUGCAUAUUUUACCUAUGAGAUAAAGAUCUGCAAAGGGUCUGGCAUUAGGAUCUUCUUAGUCGUGAAUGCUUCCUAAUGCCUUUUUGAAGACGCACGUCUUUGAAUAUGGCUAUUAUGAUAAAAGAUAUGAAAGCUUCUUGAAUUUUAGAGUAGGUAUUAAAUUUUAUUGUUUAAUAUUUUUUCCUCCAAAAACCAACUGGAUAUUUCAGUCUUUUAAAUUUUAAGACACACUUGGGCUGGAGAGAUACUACAGUGGAUAGGGCAGUUGCCUUGCACAUGGCCUUCUUUGGUCUGAUUACCAACACCCCGAGCCCUGCCAUGAAUGAUCCCUGAGCUCAGAGCCAGGAGUAAGCCCUGAACACCACUGGGUAUGAUCCACGAAACAAAAAAAAGAGAUAUAUUGCAAGACACAAAACUUUUUCUACUGGGCAUUUCAAUUCAUAUAAUGGGUGCUUUAGAGAUAAUUGCUAUGCUAUAUACUUAGGGCAUUAGUCCUUUGUACCCGUAAAUUGGGCUUUACAUGCCGUGCUCAAAUCAAUGUAGAUUUCUCUAGCCUUCCAAGAUCUUUGGUGAAGGUUUUAUUUCCUUUAAAAAGAUACAAGUAUGUCCUAGAACCUAGAAUGUACUUACACUUAGAAAGUAACUUGCACCUAACUCAAAGGUUUUGAUCUUCUCUUAGUCCAUUAAAGCUUAUUCUUUGUUUCCAAGUUACAUUGAUUGCUCCAACAUUUACUAAUUUGGCUUUCACAUUUAAAUGGUUCUUUGCUAAUCAAAACUUACAUUGUCAUUGUUCAUUAUGGGAGAUCAUUAUUAAUUCAUGGACUUUUUGGGUUCAGUCAUGUGCUCUGGGGAAAUGCGGCAAUUGUCCAUUUGCUCUAUACCUCCAAAUAUUUAUAUGAGCAAGAAACCACUUUGGCUUGAGAGUUAACACAGUAAGGAUCUCAUAUUUCUGAGAAGGCUCUUUCAUGUGUUGGGAUGGCUCCCCAAAUAUUAAAGAUUUAUUCAUAUGGAGCCAUCUAUGGAAGGUUUCUGUGUUUGUGUGUGUGUUGUGUGUGUGUGUGUGUGUGCACACGCACCCAACCUCUAUCCCUGUUUACUGGAAGAUAAGGAAGUAUGUAGUUUCCAAAAUUUUGUUGAAAGAAUUUGUCUAGCUUCACACACAAACACACGCACACACACAGAGAGACAGAGACAGAGACAGAGACAGACAGAUAGAUCAUGACUAUUUAGAUGUCUACAGUUAUAAAAAAACUUUCAGCUUAAAUUGGAAUGCUGUUUUUGCCCACUUUAAUUGGCUGUCUCAGGGGCCGGAGCGAUAGUACAGCAGGUAAGGCAUUUGCCUUGCAUGCUGCCAACCAGGUUUUAUCCCUGGCAUUCCAUAUGGUCCCCUGAGCACUACCAGGAGUAAUUUCUGAGUGCAGAGCCAGGAGUAACCUUUGAGCAUUGCUGGGUGUGACCCCAGAAGCCAAAACAACCACCUUAACUGCCUCAGAACCAGAUUUCUGAUUAUGUAGCCCCUCUCUUAAAGCCAUGUACUGAUAACUUCAAACACCUUUUACAAACAGAACAGUAACCUCCUUUCUAAAAUUCUUUUUAAAAAAUUUAAAUAGUGAAUUAGUCUCAGAUUUGUUAACCUUUAGAGAAAGCUUUUAAGAAAUCGGACUGUAGAUAUUUCCUGAGUCAAAACAAAGCAGUUUUUUUUGGGAAAAAAUUAAAAUUGGAAGCACAAAUGGGUGGCACUGGCUUAACGCUGUUAAUGUUUUUAAAAAUUUCUACAUUUAGAUUAUAUACCUGAUUCAUAUUAAAAUACCUCUAUUAAGCACGGUUUUAUAGAAAAUCUGACUUCAUUGGAUAUUUUUGUAUUUUACAUGGGCCAGUUUAUAUACUGUUAUUUACACGAUUAUUUCCUGUAGCCACAUAUUCUUUGUACCUUCUGUAAUUUUAUUUGUUUUACUGGGUCUGCACCAUGAUGGUCUAACAAUCUAUUUGGUUCUGGAUGUUUUUCGUGUUUUAGCAUUUGUAUAAAAAAAACUGGUCCAUGUAGGUACUUUUUGUGUUUUUUUCCUCAAAUGUUUAAACCACUAGUUUAUGUAUCUCUCAAAUAUUUGCCUGUCCAUUUGCUCAACAUACUGCUUCAAAAUAAACAAUAAAGAUUCUUUUCUUAAGGAAA